AUGGAGGAUUAUGAUUUAUAUCCGUCUGAUUUUCGUGAGCCUUCUUUCCGUAAGGUUCAAGGUGGGAAGAUCGUCAACACUGAGAUGGUCCUGUUUUCAUCUUUCCGUAAUGGUAUAUUCUCUUGCCCUUCAGAUUCCUUCAGUGGGAUCUCCCACUCCAAGAAGGUUAAAUUUGAGAAUCCUGCGCGGGGCGGGAGCCCUGGCCCUCGGAUUCGGGCGGGGACACCCUGGCCCUCGGAUCCGGGGUUCAAUUCAAUCGAUGGCUUACCUGCCAUGGUCUUUUGCCCCUCUGGAGCCUCGGACGAGGCUUCGUCGUCGUCUUCCUCCUCUUCCAGCUGGCAGGGCGGAGACGAGGCAUUGACCUCGCGGCGUGCUGACGGCUAUCAGAAGCGGGGCAGCCUCAAGAGGAAGAGAGAGGAGCCACACAGCAGCAACAGUGUACAGAUCCUGGAGGAGCUCUCCUCCCCUGGGUUGUCCAAGCGCGUGGCCAGGGGCAGCGAUUGCGAGUACCAACUGGUGCAGAACGAGAUCCUCCGCUCCGUCUCCAACAGCUACGAGGUUUUGGAGUCCCUGGGCCGUGGAACCUUUGGCCAGGUCGCCAAGUGCUGGAAGCGGGGCACCAGUGAAGUAGUCGCAAUCAAGAUCCUGAAAAGUCAUCCAUCCUAUGCUCGACAGGGCCAGAACGAGGUGAGCAUCCUGAGCCGGCUGAGCAGGGAGAACGCCGACGAGUUCAACUUCGUGCGCGCGUACGAGUGCUUCCAGCACAAGAAGCACAUAUGCCUGGUGUUCGAGAUGCUGGGGCAGAGCCUCUACGAUUUCCUCAAGCGCAGCAAGUUCAGCCCACUGCUGCUGAAAUGCAUCCGGCCCGUGCUGCAGCAGGUCGCCAAAGCGCUCAUGAAGCUGAAGAGCCUGGGCUUGAUCCACACCGAUCUCAAGCCUGACAACAUCAUGCUGGUGGACCCCGUCAGGCAGCCGUACCGCGUCAAGGUCAUCGACUUCGGCUCAGCUAGCCACUUCUCCAAGGCCCCCAGCUACCUGCAGUCCAGAUACUACCGAUCGCCUGAGAUCAUCCUGGGUCUCCCAUUCUGUGAGGCCAUCGAUAUGUGGUCCCUGGGCUGUGUCAUUGCUGAACUGUUCUUGGGCUGGCCCCUGUAUCCCGGAGCCUCCGAAUAUGUUCAGAUCCGUUACAUCUCCGAGACGCAGGGCCUACCAGCAGAGUGCAUGUUGAGCGCAGGGACCAACACGCACUACUAUUUCUACUGCUACCCCCUGUGGAGACUCAAGACACCUUCGGAGCAUGAGGCGGAGCGUGGCAUCAAGUCCAAGGAGACUCGGAAGUACAUUUUAAACUGCCUUGACGACAUGAUGCAGGUCAAUAUGACCAGUCUGGAAGGCACCGACGUCUUGGCGGAGAAGGCCGACCGGCGGGAGUUCAUCGACCUGCUGAAGAAGAUGCUCACGCUAGACGCUGACAAAAGGAUCACGCCAGUGAAGACCCUGAACCACCCGUUUCUGACCAUGACCCACCUCCUCCACUUCCCUCACAGUGCACAUGUGAAAUCUUGCUUGCAGAACAUGGAGAUCUGCAAGCGGCAGUGCACAGGCUUCGACAGCAGCAAGACCCUGUUUGAUGUUUCUUCCAGUGGGAUCUCCCUCUCCAAGAAGGUCAAAUUUGAGAAUCAUGCGUCCGGCGGGAGCUCUGGCCCUCGGGUUCGGGCGGGGUCGCCCUGGCCCUCGGAUUCAGGGUUCAACUUGUCCUGUGGUUCACCUGGCCUGGUCUUUUCCACCUCUGUAGGCUGUGACUUGGGUAUGGCAUCGCAGCUCCAGGUAUCCUCUUCCGCUUUCAAUUAA